ACUGUACGAAAUUCAUCUUUUCGCAUGGGUGGUUGCAGGUCAUCUAGAAUUUGAACUGCAUUUAUACGGUUGAUUUUGAUAUAAAAUGCAUCAUAACUAGCUGACUAAACAUUAUCUUCCUGUGCACUGGAGGGAAUAGUAUCAAAUGUCUUCUAAUAAACUGCUUGAUCGGCUGAAAGAUGGCGGAAGUAUUGUUAUCGCAGAGGGAUAUGUGUGGGAAUUGGAGAGUCGAGGAUUCGUGAAAUUUGGGGGCCAGAUUCCGGAAGUGGUUUUAGAAAAACCAGACGAAGUCGAAUUACUGCAUGAAGAAUUUUGUCUUGCUGGAAGCGACGUCGUUGAAGCCUUUACUUAUUAUGGCCAUCGUGAAUAUAUGCGACGUUUCGGACGUGAGAAGGACUUGGAAAAGUUAAACAGGAAUGCACUGGCACUUGCUAGAAAAGUUGCUAGCAAGUAUGACAAACUUGUGGCAGGGGGACUGUCAAAUACGCCACUGUUUAGGAAAGAUGACACGGAAAGCCAUCAGAAAAUAUACGAAAUGUUCAAGGAACAAGUGAUCUGGUUUGUUGAAGGAGGUGCUGAUUAUAUCAUAGGAGAGACGUUUGAUUCUUUUGGGGAAGCCGAGAUAGCACUGAAGGCUAUAAAAGACCAUGGAAACGGUUGUCCGGCAGUUAUAACAAUGUCGGCAUACUUUCCCGACCAAACGACAGAUGAUGUUCCGUUUACUGAAGCGUUAAAGCGUCUUGAAGACCAAGGUGCCGCUGUGGUUGGUCUGAAUUGCUCACGUGGUCCAGAAACUAUGCUGCCUUUACUUAAAGAAGUUAGAAAAGUUUGCAAAGGACCGCUUGCUGCCCUUCCAGUGCCCUAUAGGACAACAGAAAAAGAGAAAACGUUCUAUUCUCUUACAGAUCCUAAAACAGGACAGGAUGUCUAUACGCGGAACCUUGACGUCGUAAGGAGUUCACGUGACGAGAUACGUCAGUUUGCUGAAGAUGCUAAGGCUCUUGGGGUUCAGUAUAUUGGCCUCUGUUGCGGCGCAUAUCCGAGUCUGAUCAGGGAGGUGGCGGAAGUGUAUGGAAAGAACCCACCCGCAUCGAAAUACGCGAUGGACCUUACCAAAGGACCUUAUACUCUAGGCGAAAACCCUGAAGCCGAAAUGCUGAAGCUGAGAAAAUAUAAAACUGGAAAAUCAGGUAGCAGUAGCAGUUGCAGCAGGUAUAAGAUAGCAGUAGCAGUAGCAGUAGCUGUAGCUGUGGCUGUGGUUGUAGCGGAAGCGGUAGCUGUGGCUGUAGCGUUAGCGUUAGCAGUAGCAGUAGCAAUACAUGUAGCAGUAGAAAUAGCAGUAGCAGCAGCAAUAGUAGCAGUGGUAGCAGUACCAGCAGCAGCAUCAGUAGCAGCAACAGCAGCAGCAGAAAAAGUAGCAGUAGCAGCCGCAGUCGCUGUAGCAGUAGCAUAUAAAACAAUGAGCUCAGUGGAAACACAAGUGGACAUCUCGGACCCCGAGGGAGUUUUGGGAGUGAUCCGGUCUCUACAUGGUCAGCUCCAGGACCUACAAAAUGUCAACCAGGAAUUACUCCAAGGACGGGAGGAUCGGAUUCAAACCAGUGCAGAUCUAAGCAAUCAAGUCUCAGAGAGAAUUUCUGAUUUACUGAAUACAGCCGAGACCAUGGAAAGGUCAAUAAGCGAAGACGGUUCCGCGAUUUCCUCAACAGACCAGGAGCUGCAAGACCUUCUGAACGAAAAGGAAAGACUUGAAGCCAGAGUUGGUGGGCAGGUGCAGGCUUUAACUGAUAAGGAUAUCGCUAACGAGGAAAGAUUAAGUGGUAACAUAUACAUUAUAGAAUGGUUCGUCGCAGAAGAACUUUCCAGAAAAAUAGAAGAACUCUCAAAUCUUCAAGAUAGACUUGCAAGUGCACAAAAAGAGUUCAGGAGCGAAUGGGAACAGUUAAAGGUGGAAAUCCAGCAGUAUGAGGCAGAGAAAUCUAAAUAUGAGGAUACAGCAAAUCAUCUGGUAGAACUACAACUGGCAAAGUUUGUCGGCGCUCAUUCAGGGUCAGACGGUUCCAGCGGCUCUCUUAUCAAGAGAAUAGUUACUCACCACCUUAACCAGUUAACCCAAACAGAUCUCAGGAAACAGUUAACAGAAUCGCGUAUGAAAGAGAAGGAUCUAGAGAAUGAGAUAGGUGACCUUGUAAAACAAAAGCAGCAGCUUUGGAAGCGAUGUCUUGACCUUGAAAGUUGUCUCGAGGAAAUACAAGAUACGUCAGACGACACUGUCAUGCUCCGACCGGCAGCAGCAUUCACUAACCUUCCUGAUGUUUCUGAAAAUAAAGUUCUUUUUCCCGAGACGAGUGACCUUGACCUUUCAGCAGACGAUAACCAUGGACUAAUGCUCCAUAGAUGUCACAAGAAAACUCACUUGGUAGUUGAACUAUCUGCUGAAGAACGCGAGGAGGCCAAAGCAACAGUUCAAGCAGACGUCGGUCCUACAGACACCGAAAACUUGUCGCUUGCUGGCCCCGCAGACACUGAGCAAGUGUCGCACAUUCAGGAAACACAGGAACCAAUCACUUCAGCAGCAGACGACAGUGGGCAGGAACCGGAGGAAGAAGAAGAACGGCCACAAGACGAUACAUCCACUCAGACAAAGCAUGAUUUAGAGUCGGUCGUUGAAGCACCAAAGGUUUACUACCAUUUACUGGACUACAGAGGAAAAGACGAGACCAACAGCCCAAAUAUUGACCGACGAUAUUACACAUGCAACAGCCUAAGUUGUACGCUUAGUCAGAUAGUGACGACAACCGUUUUACGCUAUAUCAGAGGUUGUAAAAUGUCGAACGUAUUAACGGAAAGACUGAAGGAUGGAGGUACGCUUUUAUGCGCAGAGGGAUACAUGUGGGAAGUAGAGCGUCGAGGAUUUUUACAACUUGGAAGCUUUCUGCCGGAGGUAGUGCUUGAUCGUCCAUCAGUAAUACGGUCGGUGCACGAAGAAUUUGUUUUCUCCGGAAGUGACGUCGUAGAGGCAUUUACAUAUUAUGCACACAGAGGACAAAUGGCACGUCUAGGCAGAAAUGAUGUCGUUGAGAAACUGAACAGAGAUGCAUUACGUAUCGCACGUGAAGUAGCAGACGAACAUGGUAAACUUAUGGCGGGAAAUAUUUCCAACACUCCACUGUACGUGCCGAACGACCCGGUUGUUUCGCAGACGAUCUAUGACAUGUAUAAGGAGCAGAUAGUAUGGGCGGUCCAAGGAGGUGCAGAUUAUAUGAUUGGGGAGACUCACAGCUCAUUCGGUGAGGCCGAGAUUGCUCUCAAGGCCAUCAAGGAGCAUGGGCAAGGCUUGCAGGCAGUAAUCACUUUGACGGUUUACUUUCCCGACAAGCUUACGGACGAAGUACCCGUAACAGAGGCAUGCCGUCGUCUGGAAGCUCAGGGAGCAGCUGUGGUUGGUGUAAACUGUUCGCGCGGACCCAACACCAUGUUGCCACUUGUAAAAGAAAUCAAGAAAGUUUGCAAGUGUCCUGUCGCCGCUCUACCGGUGCCAUUUAGAUGUACAGAGAAAGAAAAGACAUUCUUCUCAUUGUCGGAUCCUGUAACAGGGAACAAUGUAUAUCCAGCUGAUCUAGAUUGUGUACAGUGUAGCAGAAAUGACAUUCGUCGCUUUGCCGAACAAGCCAAAGAAGCCGGGGUCCAGUAUAUCGGAUUGUGUUGCGGAAACUCGCCCCACUUAACACGUGAAGUGGCGGAAGUCUAUGGAAAGAAUCCGCCAUCUUCAAAAUAUCGUGCUGAUUUUUCAAAAAGCGCCCUGAACGACACUGAUCCGAAAUAUGUCGAAACAUCAAAGAAAAAACGAUUAUAUAUGCUUGGGCAAAAUGCGUAAAAGAUAGAACUUUACAAGUGAUAUUUUUAAAUAAUGAAAUGUUAAGAGAAUAUUCUUAAAAUCAGAUUGCAUUUCUUAAACGGAAUAAACAAAAAAAAAGUAUUGAG